UAUCAGCUCGAUUCCGCUUCCGGUUGUCUGGGCGCUGGGUUCCGGAGAGAGGUUGCUGCGGUGGUCGCGAUGGGGAAGUCAGAUUUUCUUACCCCGAAGGCCAUUGCCAACAGGAUCAAAUCCAAGGGUCUUCAGAAGCUGCGCUGGUAUUGCCAGAUGUGCCAGAAGCAGUGCCGGGACGAGAAUGGCUUUAAGUGUCAUUGUAUGUCCGAAUCUCAUCAGAGACAACUAUUGCUGGCUUCAGAAAAUCCUCAGCAGUUUAUGGAUUAUUUUUCAGAGGAAUUCCGAAAUGACUUUCUAGAACUUCUCAGGAGACGCUUUGGCACUAAGAGAGUUCACAACAACAUUGUUUAUAAUGAGUAUAUCAGCCACCGAGAGCACAUCCACAUGAAUGCCACUCAGUGGGAAACUCUGACGGACUUUACCAAGUGGCUGGGCAGAGAAGGCUUGUGCAAAGUGGAUGAGACACCUAAAGGCUGGUAUAUUCAGUAUAUAGACAGGGACCCGGAAACUAUCCGCCGGCAACUGGAACUAGAGAAAAAGAAGAAGCAAGACCUUGAUGAUGAAGAAAAAACGGCUAAAUUUAUUGAAGAACAAGUGAGAAGAGGUCUGGAAGGGAAAGAACAGGAAGCCCCUGUUUUUACAGAAUUAAGCAGAGAAAAUGAUGAAGAGAAAGUGGCAUUUAAUUUAAAUAAAGGAGCAAGUAGUUCGACAGCAACAUCUUCCAAGUCAAGUUCUUUGGGACCAAGUGCAUUGAAGGUAAUAGAGGCCACAGCAUCAGUGAAACGGAAAGAACCUUCCCAUAGCUCAGCUCAAUCAAAAGAAAAGAAGAAAAAGAAGUCUGCACUGGAUGAAAUCAUGGAGAUUGAAGAGGAAAAGAAAAGAGCUGCCCGAACAGACUACUGGCUACAGCCUGAAAUAAUUGUGAAAAUUAUAACCAAAAGACUUGGAGAGAAAUAUCACAAGAAAAAAGGCAUUGUUAAGGAAGUAAUUGACAAAUAUACAGCUGUUGUAAAGAUGAUUGACUCUGGAGACAAGCUGAAACUUGACCAGACUCAUUUAGAAACAGUAAUUCCAGCACCAGGAAAAAGAAUUCUUGUUUUAAAUGGAGGCUACAGGGGAAAUGAAGGUACCUUAGAAUCCAUCAAUGAGAAGACAUUUUCAGCUACUAUAGUCAUUGAAACUGGCCCUUUAAAAGGACGCAGAGUUGAAGGAAUUCAAUAUGAAGACAUUUCUAAACUUGCUUGAGUUUGAAAAUUUGUGAACAUAUUAAAAUACUAAAGCAUCAAAUUGGUGUUCGCCAAGGCAUUAUGAGACUCUACUGUGUUAGGGUAUUUCUUUUAUAUGCAACAAAGGAUUUCUGUAAAUAUUAUUGUAUAGUUGUUUAGCUAAACUUGUAAGAAAUCUAAUUAUGUCUUAUGAAAUAUCAAACUAUGUAAAUUUCUUAUUUUUGUUUUCUUUAUAUUUCCCUGAUUUUUAAAAUUUGCAUUAAAAGAAUAUUAUUGUAAAAUGUUUUAUAUAAGGCAAUUUAAAAUCAUAAUUAGAGGAAAUUCUUCAUAUACUUUAAACUUAUAUUUUUAGUAGUAACAUUGAACUAUAAAUAUAAUUACAUUUUAAAAAGUCAAACUAAAUAUAAUAGCUUUAUUGAGAUAUUCAUAUAUCAUACGAUAUCACCCAUUCAAAGUGUACAAUUUCAGUGGUAUUUAAUAUAUUUAUAGAGUUGUGCAACCAUCACCACUAUAUAAUUUUAGAACAUUUUCAUCACCCCCAAAAGAAAUCCUGUACCCAUUGUUAUUCCCUAUUCUCCCUCUUUUUCCAGCACCUGGCAGCCACUAGUCUACUUUCUGUUUCUAAGGAUAUGCCUAUUCUAGACAUCCUAUAUAAUAAAGAGCUAAUAUGUAAA